AUUCAAAUAAGCGAUCGUCUGUUACUCUAUGAGCCUGAUUCUGAGGACCCAAACGAUAUGCACUACCAUGUUCGUGAAAAAUUGCUCAAGAAUUUGGAAUGUGAUUUAAUAGUUAUUACAGCAUAUAACGUAUUGAUCUGUCAAGAUUGCCGUCUUACAAGUCUCAACUAUAAAGGUAUCAAGGAACGGGAGUGGAAUUUCGAUACGGCAAUCCAUUAUAUUCGAGUGAUCGGUGGACCACCGUCUCGUGAAGGCGUUUUGGUUGGCCUCAAAAGUGGUCAGGUUCUGGAAAUCUUCAUUGACAAUGCAUUUCCUAUUGAGGUAGUCAAAGUGCCGGGUAGUGUGUGCUGCCUAGACAUCAGUGUUUAUCGUGAUAGACUAGCGGUGAUCGAUGAUACGAAUACCCUAUAUGCCUACUGUCUAAAGACGGGUCAAAUGCUCUUUCAGGCCGCGGCUCCCCAGGGCGCCGCUGCGCACAGUUUAGGAAUCACUGGACUAUGUCACAGCAAGUCAUAG